GCGCACUCGGACUAAGAUGGCGGCGGCGGUCCGCUUGGGCUGGGGAGCUGCUGCCGCUGCCGCGGGGCUGAGGAGGCGAUUCUGUCAUGUGACGAAUCCAUAUACAAUUAAGAAACAGCUUCUGCAUCAGUUUGUCCAAAGACCGCUUUUCCUACUCCCUGCAACCUUAUGUAACACAGUGAGAUACAUGUUUAUUCAAACACAAGAUACCCCGAAUCCCAACAGUUUAAAGUUUAUUCCAGGAAAACCAGUUCUUGAGACAAGAACCAUGGAUUUUCCCACACCAGCUACGGCAUUUCGCUCCCCUCUGGCUAGGCAGUUAUUUAGGAUUGAGGGAGUAAAAAGUGUCUUUUUUGGACCAGAUUUCAUCACUGUCACAAAGGAGAAUGAAGAAUUAGACUGGAAUUUACUGAAACCAGAUAUCUAUGCUACUAUUAUGGAUUUCUUUGCAUCUGGCUUACCUUUAGUUACUGAGGAAACACCUUCAGGGGAAGCAGGAUCUGAAGAUGAUGAUGAAGUUGUGGCAAUGAUUAAGGAAUUAUUAGAUACUAGAAUACGGCCAACUGUGCAGGAAGAUGGAGGAGAUGUAAUCUAUAAAGGCUUUGAAGAUGGCAUCGUACAGCUGAAACUCCAAGGUUCUUGUACCAGCUGCCCCAGUUCAAUCAUUACUCUGAAAAAUGGAAUUCAGAACAUGCUGCAGUUUUAUAUUCCAGAAGUAGAAGGCGUAGAACAGGUUAUGGAUGAUGAAUCAGAGGAAAAAGAAGCAAACUCACCUUAAACUCAUUUGCGUUUUCUGUGGGCCCUGCAGUUGGACUUGUUGAUAAUAUGUACUAAGCUUUUGUUAUUAAUCUGCUAAGCAAUUUAGGAUUAAUAAAAUAUGUCCCUUCUUCAGAGAAUGAUAUAUAAA